AUGGCUAAGAUGUUUUCUCUUUUAACUAAUCUAUUAUGUGGAGAAUUUGAACUCCAAGAUUUAUACGAAGAGAAAAUAAGACCACUGAAACGGACACAGGGUUUUGGUGCCAGUAGUUUAAGAGUGCUCUGCCAAGAACAAGAAGACCCCUGCCAAUCCAAAACCCGGGUGUCACCUGAUAGAACGCAUUGCGAUCGCUACUGGGAAUGUCAGAAUGGCAGGGCCGAAUUAUAUGACUGCCCCAACGGGUUGGUCUUCGCUGGUAAGCACAGGGGAGUGACCGAAGGCUGCGACUACCCCUGGAGGAACGAAGACUAUUGUCACGGAAAACAACUUGCCAACGGCCCAAUAGCUACAGAACACUGCGAUUGGCUUUACGGCAUUUUCGGACAUGAAACCUCAUGCACCCGUUAUUGGACAUGUUGGAACGGAACCGCCACAGAACAACUUUGCAUCGGCGGACUUUUGUACAACGAAAGGGCACACUCCUGCGAUUGGCCCGAGAACGUGGAUGGUUGCCAAAAACAUCCUUUGUGUAACGAAGAUGCCAACGGCAACGUACCUUUAGGAAAAUCCUGCAACCGUUACUGGCAAUGCCAGGGCGGUUAUCCGCGACUGCAACGCUGCCCAGCGAUGUUGGUGUUCGACAGGCGAAGCUUGAGGUGCGUCGCUCCUCCCACUGAAGACUGCGAUGUUCCACCAAUUGCUCAGACUGGACCUGGAGGAAUCGACAAUGCUGAUGAUGAUCAGAAUCAAAAUCUGAACCAGCGUGGUGGCGAUCAAUUCCCAAAUCUGCCAGCAGGAGCGCUGCCGGUUCCGAGCAGGAACAACAACCAGAACAGAGCGAGGAAUUAA